UCGGCAUCUGCUCAAAUCUGCAAAAAGACCGAGAAGGGUUUUAGAGGACAACCACAGCAGCGAUGGCGACGGCGGCUGGCGGCGCGCGGCGAGCCCUCGCGGCGCUGCGCUCCGGUUCUCCGUCGACUCUUUCCUCUACGCUCUCCCGCCAGGCUGUGGCUCGCUCUCCGGGGCUAGCGGCGGCCGCGUCUUUGCCGCGCGCCUCUCGCCGGCGACUCGCGAUCUCGAGGGUGCCGGUGGCGGUGCUCGGCGGCGUGCAGGGUUCGCUUAUGCCGAUGCACAGCGCCACGGCGUCGGCGCUGCUCACCUCCAUGCUCGGACUUAACCCAGGCUCUUGGGGCUGGCUCUCCGAAGGAUUUGCUACACCUCUAUAGCAGGAAUGGUGUUCCCAUCACACCAGACUUCUUUUAAGCCUUUCCACCGGAAGAUUCCAAUAACACUUGUUACAUGCCUUGCAACUUUUGCUGAUGGAAUCUGUCUAAAAUUCCGCAACCUAAAACUUAUGGUCUCAUGUGCCAGUUAUCUUAUUCUCCAAGUGAUGUUAUCAAUUUUCUUGUUUUCUGUGUGGCAUGGGAUUAUUGUACGACAUCCUAUAUCAAUGGCAAAAAUUCAAAAAUAGGCAAAGAACGU